AUGGAGGGGAAACAGCCGCCGUCCGGCUCCACCCGGCAGCAGCAGGCGACAGCGGCGGCGGGAGGCGCUGAGGAAUCGUCACGUUUGCCGGCUCGCGUUGGGGAUGCGCCGGCCGCAGGCGCUGAGCCUGAAGCGGGGCUGUUUCCGGCGACAGCGGCCGGGGAUGCGCUGUGCAGACCGCUGGGUCCGAGCCAGAGCCGCUUCCAGGUGGACCUGGUGGCGGAGGGCUCUGGCCGGGCGGCGGCGGACGAGCCCCAGAAACCUGGCGGGCAGGGCGGCGUGGCGGCGAAGGGCAGCGAGGAAGCCAAGGGCAGGUUUCGGGUGAACUUUGUGGACCCAUCGGCCGGUGAUGAGAGCCCGGCUGAGCACGGCGGGGGCCCGGAGGGCGGCGGUGUUAGCUUCCAGAACGGGGGCGACACGGUCCUGAGCGAGGGCAGCCUCCACUCCGGGGGCGGCGGCGGGCAUCACCACUACUACUAUGAUACCCACACCAACACCUACUACCUGCGCACCUUCGGCCACAACACCAUGGACGCCGUGCCUAGGAUAGACCACUACCGGCACACGGCCGCCGAGCUGGGCGAGAAGCUCAUCCGGCCCAGCCUGGCCGAGCUGCACGAUGAGCUGGACAAGGAACCUUUUGAGGAUGGAUAUGCAAAUGGAGAAGAAGGGACUCCUCCUGGGGAAGCUGAUGCUACUUAUGCUGCAGACAGUAAGGGAAUAGUCAAGUUUGGCUGGAUAAAAGGUGUAUUGGUACGAUGUAUGUUGAAUAUUUGGGGUGUGAUGCUCUUCAUCAGACUGUCAUGGAUUGUAGGACAGGCUGGGAUAGCUCUUUCUGUCUUGGUUAUUGCAAUGGCAACUGUUGUGACAACUAUCACAGGAUUGUCUACUUCAGCAAUAGCUACCAAUGGAUUUGUAAGAGGAGGAGGAGCAUAUUAUUUAAUUUCCAGAAGCCUGGGACCUGAAUUCGGUGGCGCAAUAGGCCUAAUCUUCGCAUUUGCUAAUGCUGUUGCAGUAGCUAUGUAUGUGGUUGGUUUUGCAGAGACAGUUGUAGAACUGCUGCAGGAAAAUGGUGCACUUAUGUUGGAUCAGACGAAUGACAUCAGAAUUAUAGGAGCCAUCACAGUACUUGUAUUGUUAGGUAUCUCUGUAGCAGGAAUGGAAUGGGAAGCAAAAGCACAGAUUGUUCUGCUGGUGAUCCUGCUAUUCGCUAUUGGUGACUUUAUCAUAGGAACAUUUAUUCCACUGGAUAGCAAGAAGGUUAAAGGUUUCUUUGGUUAUAAAGCUGAAAUAUUUACUGAGAAUUUUGGACCAGAUUUCCGAGCAGAUGAAACUUUCUUUUCUGUAUUUGCUAUUUUCUUCCCUGCUGCAACUGGCAUUCUGGCUGGUGCAAAUAUCUCAGGUGAUCUUGCAGAUCCCCAAUCAGCCAUACCUAAAGGAACACUGUUGGCCAUCUUAAUUACCACAUUGGUUUACAUAGGAAUUGCAGUAUCUGUAGGUGCUUGUGUUGUUCGGGAUGCUACGGGUAACCUCAAUAGCACCAUCAUUACCGAACUGACAAAUUGCACUACUGCCGCUUGCAAGUUAAAAUUUGACUUCUCAUCUUGUCAGAAGACAGAGUGUCACUAUGGUCUGCUGAAUAGCUUCCAGGUAAUGAGCAUGGUAUCAGGAUUUGCACCACUGAUUUCUGCUGGCAUCUUUUCAGCCACCCUUUCUUCCGCAUUGGCAUCUUUAGUGAGUGCACCUAAGAUUUUUCAGGCUUUAUGCAAGGACAAUAUCUAUCCAGGUCUUCUAAUGUUUGCUAAAGGCUAUGGGAAGAACAAUGAACCAUUACGAGGAUAUAUUCUAACUUUCUUGAUUGCUCUUGGAUUCAUAUUAAUUGCUGAAUUGAAUGUCAUUGCUCCAAUAAUCUCCAACUUCUUCUUGGCUUCAUAUGCCUUAAUUAAUUUCUCUGUAUUCCAUGCCUCACUUGCAAAAUCUCCAGGCUGGCGUCCUGCUUUUAAGUACUAUAAUAUGUGGGUUUCUCUUAUUGGAGCGAUUCUCUGCUGCAUAGUGAUGUUCGUCAUUAAUUGGUGGGCAGCAUUGCUAACAUAUGUCAUAGUCGUUGGACUCUAUAUUUAUGUCACUUACAAGAAACCAGAUGUGAACUGGGGAUCCUCUACACAAGCCUUGACUUACCUAAGUGCAUUGCAGCAUACUAUUCAUCUUGCAGGCGUGGAAGACCAUGUAAAAAACUUUAGGCCUCAAUGCCUUGUUAUGACAGGUGCUCCAAACUCACGUCCUGCUUUGGUUCAUCUUGUCCAUGCUUUCACAAAAAAUGUGGGUUUGAUGAUCUGUGGUCAUAUACACAUGGGCCCUCGCAGACAAGCCAUGAAAGAAUUGUUAACCGACUUGGCCAGAUAUCAGCGGUGGCUUAUCAAAAACAAAAUGAAGGCCUUUUAUGCACCAGUACAUGCAGAGGAUUUGAGAGAUGGGGGACAGUACUUGAUGCAGGCUGCUGGUCUGGGUCGAAUGAGACCAAACACUCUUGUUGUUGGAUUUAAGAAAGAUUGGAAACAAGCUGACAUGAGGGAUGUGGAAACCUAUAUCAGUUUAUUUCAUGAUGCCUUUGACAUUCAGUAUGGUGUAGUUGUCAUCCGCCUAAAGGAAGGUUUGGAUAUUUCUCACCUUCAGGGACAAGAAGAAUUACUGUCCUCUCAAGAGAAAUCUCCAAGUUCAAAGGAUGCUAUAGUAAAUGUGGACUAUAGCAAAAAGACUGAGACAGACACAUCCAAGGCUUUUUCUCCACCAUCCAGUGAAAAAACUCCUGGUCUGCAUAAAGAGGAGGAAGAAGAUGGCAAGACUCCAACACAACCACUGUUGAAAAAAGACUCGAAAGGCCCACGUGCUCCUUUAAACUUGGCUGACCAAAGACUUCUUGAUUCUAGUUCUCAGUUUCAGAAGAAACAAGGCAAAAAUACUAUUGAUGUCUGGUGGCUUUUUGAUGAUGGGGGUUUGACAUUGUUGAUUCCUUAUCUUCUGACAACCAAGAAGAAGUGGAAAGACUGUAAGAUCAGAGUGUUUAUUGGUGGAAAAAUAAACAGGAUUGAUCAUGAUAGGAGAGCGAUGGCUACUCUGCUCAGUAAAUUUCGGAUAGACUUCUCAGACAUCAUGGUACUUGGAGAUAUUAAUACAAAGCCAAAGAAGGAAAAUAUUGCAGCUUUUGAAGAAAUGGUUGAGCCAUUCAGACUUCAUGAAGACGAUAAAGAACAAGACAUUGCAGAUAAAAUGAAAGAAGAUGAGCCUUGGAGAAUAACAGAUAAUGAACUUGAGCUUUACAAAACUAAGAGCUACCGCCAGAUUAGGCUAAAUGAGUUGCUGAAAGAACAUUCAAGCACAGCGAAUGUAAUUGUAAUGAGUUUGCCAGUUGCACGAAAAGGUGCAGUAUCUAGUGCACUAUACAUGGCCUGGUUAGAAGCUCUAUCAAAAGACCUGCCACCGAUCCUUCUUGUUCGUGGGAAUCAUCAGAGUGUUCUUACCUUCUAUUCCUAA